AUGGCAGCCCAAGCGACAACCCCAGGGAGGCCCCUUACUUGGCUCAUCACCGGAUGUUCAUCUGGGUUUGGCUUGUCACUGGCCCGCAUCGUCCAGGCCAACGGCCACAAUCUCAUUGCGACUUCUCGUGAGCCUUCAAAGACGCCCGAACUCAUUUCUGAAGUUGAAGGUAAAGGUGGUAGAUGGCUUAAGCUUGAUGUCAAUGACCUCAACUGCGGGAUGGUCAUCGAUGAGCUUGAGGCGCAAGGCCAGCCCAUUGAUGUUCUUGUGAGCAAUGCAGGAUUCUGCAUCUAUAACGUCGUGGAGAACUUCACCGACAAAGAGGUCCGCGAUUUGAUGGAGACUCUAUACUUCGGCCCCAGCCGUCUGAUCAGAUCUGCUGUCAAGCACCAGCGUCAACGCAAAUUCGGAGUCAUCGUGAACAUCAGCAGUGGUGCUGCUUUGGAGGCCAAUCCAUCCAUGGGCGCUUAUGCUGCUGGAAAAGGUGCACUAGAUUGCAUGGCAAAGGCGCUGGCAAAGGAAGUUGAGGCCUUCAAUAUCCGCGUGUUGACGGUUCUGCUUGGAACCUUCAAUACAGGCAUGGGUAACGCAACUAUUCUAGGCCAGAAUCCGCUGCCCGAGGACUACAAGGGCUCCAUGGCUGAAAGGCUCAUGGAACUUAUGUCAACGGGUAAAUUUGCUCCAAAUGGGGAUAAGGAUAAAGCGAUGAAAGCGGUCUAUGAAGUGGUUGUUGGGGAAGGAGUUGGUAAAAACCACGAGGCGGAAAGGGUUCUGCCCCUGGGUCGGGACUUGGCCGCCAGGAUCCAAACUGUGCAGGAUUAUUUCUCUCACGCCAUGCAAGUAUUUGGGGAUAUUUGCAACAACGUAUAUCUGGAGAUGAACUGA